AUUUAUCGAAAAGGACUGAACAACAGGCUCAACACACACAUGCACGCGCACGCAUAAGCACAUACACACCAUCUCUCCAGCGGGUUGAUUUAUGGAAACAAUUAUAAUUCUGGUGGAGUCUUUCUGAGCUGAGAGAGUUUGUAGCUACAGUAGAGUGUCUCAUGUUGCAAAAAGGAGACAACAGAAAUGGAGUACUUGGAUAUCCAGCUCUUAUCAACAGGAACAAAUCUUUUACUUUCAGUGCAAGCAGCAAAUUCAAGUAGUAAAGAAGGUCACGACAACAAAGGUUUUUAUAACUUGUGUCUUUAAAGGAUAUUCUGACUGAAGAGAUAUUUAAGAAGCUCUUCUAUUUCGCCAUUAACUAUUAAGGAAUAACGAUCAGAAUUCUAGAAGAGGGAGCAAUCUCAUUUAAAUGAAUCUGUAACUCGUAAAGACAGAAGGCAGGUCGGUGACCUAAGAGCAACAGUCUACUUGAGAUUUAAUUUUCAUUAUGUUGUUCAUGAACACCCAGAACACUGCACUAUAAUGCACAAAUGGAUACUGACAUGGAUCCUGCCAAUUUUGCUCUACAGAUCAUACUUUUACAUUAUCUUUCUAAUGGGCACUAUAUCUUUAGCUUGCAAUGACAUGACUCCAGAGCAAAUGGCUACAAAUGUGAACUGUUCCAGCCCUGAGCGACAUACCAGAAGCUAUGAUUAUAUGGAAGGGGGGGAUGUAAGAGUGAGAAGACUUUUCUGUCGAACUCAGUGGUAUAUGAGGAUUGAUAAGCGAGGCAAAGUGAAAGGGACAAGAGAAGCAAACAACAAUUACAGUAUUCUAGAAAUCCGAACGGUGGCAGUUGGAAUAGUGGCAAUCAAAGGAGUGGAAAGUGAAUACUUUCUGGCAAUGAACAAGUCAGGACGACUCUAUGGAAAGAAAGUAUGCAACGAGGACUGCAACUUCAUAGAACUGAUUGAAGAAAACCAUUACAAUACAUAUGCUUCUGCAAAAUGGACACACAAAGGAAAGGAGAUGUUUGUUACACUAAACCACAAAGGGGUUCCCAUGAAAGGUAAAAAAACAAAGAAAGAACACAGAGCAUCCCACUUUCUUCCUCUGGCAAUAUCCUAAUCACAAAUGAUCUAUAAAGAACUAGUUCCAGCAGGAAGAUUAAUUUUAAGAAGACUGUUUGACAAGAUAUCAAGAGAGGCUGGAAUACUACUGAGAAACUGAACAAGCUGGACUUGCGCAUUUAUGUUUAUUUUUAAGAGACUACAUGAAAAAGAUUUGAAAAUAUACACAAAACCAGAUUUACUAACUAAAAGUUGUAAAAAAUUCUAAAGAGUUGUACAAUCAUUAUCUUAGUCAUAACUGGGUAGUUUCUUAAAUUAAUUUACCCUGAAGAAUAAGUCAUUACUUGAUUAUCUGAUAAUAUUUUAUUUAAAAAACUAUCUGCUUCUUAAAUAUGGCUGCUAUAAUAAUAAUAAGCAGAUGAUAAUGUUGUGUAAAAUAUGUCAGACUUUAAGGCUGCUGGAAUGAGUUGUCAGAUUAUCAAGUCAAUAGAAAAUGUGGAGGCUGAGCAGUAUUUUAAAUACUUCCCCCAAGAAACUGAUAUCCUAUACAUAAACUAUAUGAUCAAAAAAAUAUAAUCUUGUAAAUGUUUAUUGUUGUAUUCAGAUAAGAGAGUUAGUUUGGAAAAAUUAAGUUUACUCUAACACAAAAUGUUCCUAUCUAUUAAUGAAACAAAUACCUAAUGCUGCUCUAAAAGAUGUUUCAAAUAGUGUAUGUAAAAUAAAAAUAGGAAUAAAUAAUGUACUUCAUCUCACUUUUCACAAAUUAACAUUUUAUAUAACGAUGAAGCAAAAAUUCAGACAUAUUAAGGUUUUUUAUGUAACAUAUCCUAUCUUUUGUAUAAUUCCUGUUAGGGCAUACAGCUUUCAAUAUUGUUUUUCCAUUCUUAUACAUGCUUUUUUCUGUUGUUACAGCAUUAAACUUUAUUUUAAGUUGUA